CUGCUUUCUCGUCCAAACAGGAGAUUUUGAGCACCCAUACAGCAAGAAGUCGGACACCAUGGUGCUUCAGGGAACAGGAAUGCUGCACGCCACACCCAAAACCUUUGCAAGGUUUGGCAGCAGCCUCGUUGCAUUACCUUUGAAGGUGAGCAGGGCAUCGCCGAGCAAAAAUGUUGGACGCCGUCAAGCGCGCGCCUUGGCAUCGAGUGGCGAGACAAUCCGUGUGGGCAUCAAUGGAUUCGGCCGCAUUGGAAGGCUUGUGCUCAGGGCCGCUCUUGCAAAGCCAAACGUGGAGGUGGUUGCUAUCAACGACCCCUUCAUCGAGAAUGACUACAUUGCGUACAUGUUUAAGUAUGACAGCACGCACGGCGUGUUCAAGGGAGAUGUGGUCGGGAGCUCUGAGGGCCUCUUCAUCAAUGGGAAGAAGAUUGCCUCCUACUCAAAGAUGAACCCUGAGGAGAUCCCAUGGGGUGAGGCUGGAGCUGACUAUGUGGUGGAGUCCACCGGAGUGUUCACCACCAUUGACAAGGCCAACUCACACAUAAAGGGUGGUGCCAAGAAGGUCAUCAUUUCAGCUCCAUCAGCAGAUGCGCCGAUGUUUGUCAUGGGCGUGAACGAGGAGAAGUACGACGCAAAGAAGGACAACAUUGUGUCAAAUGCCUCAUGCACAACCAACUGUCUAGCUCCUCUGGCAAAGGUGGUCAACGAGAACUUUGGCAUUGUGGAGGGGCUGAUGACGACAGUACACGCAACGACAGCAACGCAGAAGACUGUGGAUGGACCGUCCAAGAAGGACUGGCGCGGCGGCCGUGGCGCAGCCGCCAACAUCAUUCCUUCAUCCACCGGCGCAGCCAAGGCCGUCGGAAAGGUGCUGCCAGAGUUGAAUGGCAAGCUGACAGGUAUGGCAUUCCGCGUGCCCACCGCUGAUGUGUCUGUGGUGGACCUGACCGCGCGACUGAGCAAGCCCGCCGAGUACAAGGAGAUCAUGGCCGCGCUCAAGGCAGCCUCUGAGGGGCCCAUGAAGGGCAUCCUCGGGUACACCGAGGAUGCUGUUGUGUCCACAGACUUCAUCACUGAUGACCGUUCCUCCAUCAUCGACGCCACCGCAGGCAUUCAGCUGUCCCCCACCUUUGUCAAGCUGGUCUCCUGGUAUGACAAUGAAUGGGGCUACUCCAACAGGGUUGUGGACCUCAUCAUGCACAUGGCAGCUGCGGAGUAAAUGAAGGCACGUGAUGGGAGAUUCGAUGGCAAGAUGCUGCAUCGUCCUGUGUGGUUUAACAGACUCAGUGUCCAGGCCCUAGGAACAGAAGUGCCAUAUGGUGGCGUGCUGCUUCCAAUCAGUGGAGCGGCACGUGCUGUAUCAGGAUUGCUAGUGAGCUUCGAUUCUGCUUCUGCAAACGUUUGCUGCAGGUAAGCAAACGAGGCAUUCAAUAUUGGAUGGCACUGUGUUGGGACUACAGCAACCAGUCCCAGCUGGUGUGCUGUUGUGCAACAGAGUCUGAAUGCUUACAUGAACGUAUGCUAGUCUCUUUCAAAUGGAAUGUAUUAUGUCUUGCUGAGUUGCAUGGAAUGCAAAGGCAUGAGGUGCUUGCUCUCAAUUCUGUAAUCAGAGUGCCAUAGCUA